UCCGGCGGCAUUUCGUAGCUCUGCACGAGCUGCAGUUUUACUGACGGAUUGUUUAAUUAUUUUUUGCCCUUCUAAGUCGUAUAACAACUUCGACAAUCAUGGCCAAGUUCGAUUUAACAAGCCUUAUUGGUUUGUACCUUGAUCGGCAUCUUAUCCUGCCUCUUUUUGAGUUCCUCAGUGCGAAAAAUAAUUUUGAUGAAAAUGAGCUGCUUCAAGCUAAGCUUGAUACGCUUAGUAAGACCAACAUGAUAGAUUACUUGAUUGAUGUUAAAAAGCAAGUAUAUCCUGAUAUUGAUGUGCCAGAGGAGAUGAAAGCUCGAAGACAGGAGAUUUUAACUGAAUUACAACGCUUACAAGAAAAAAAUAAAACUGUUCUUCAACUGAUUAAUGAUGAAAAAUUAAUGAAAAAAAUGGAAAGCAUGCGAGAUUCAAAGACUCUGAUUAAAUUUCUGUCUGAAGAAGCAGAUUUCCGGAUAGAAAUGAUGGAUGAUCACGUAAAACUUGCAAAAUACACUUAUGAGUGUGGAAAUUAUCAAGUAUCUAGCUCAUAUUUGUACUUUUACAUGUUGGUUUUCCCAACUUCAGAUAAGAAUUAUUUGAAUGCUCUAUGGGGAAAAUUAGCCUCUGAAAUUCUUACACAAGAAUGGGAUACUGCUCUUGAAGACAUCAACAAAGUCAGAGAGUACAUUGAUAACAUGGGAAAUAGUAAUCCUCCACAAGUUUUGCAACAAAGAACUUGGUUAAUUCAUUGGAGUCUUUUUGUUUUUUUCAAUCAUAUUAAAGGCAGAGACAUGAUUAUUGACAUGUUAUUGUACCGACCUCACUACUUGAAUGCUAUUCAAACAUCUUGCCCACAUGUUCUUCGAUACCUGGCAGCUGCAGUUAUUGUAAACCGUUCUCGAAGAUCAGCUUUGAAAGACCUUGUUAAAGUCAUUCAACAAGAAUCAUACACUUAUAAAGAUCCCAUCACUGAGUUUUUGGAACAUUUGUACGUUAAUUUUGAUUUCGAUGGUGCAAGACAGAAGUUGCAGGAAUGUCAAAUUGUUUUGUGUAACGAUUUCUUCCUCAUUGCUUUACUAAAUGAAUUUGUAGAGAAUGCAAGACUUAUGAUUUUUGAGACUUUCUGUCGUAUCCAUCAAUGCAUAAGUAUCCAGAUGCUUGCAGAAAAAUUGAAUAUGGAAGUUGAUCUUGCUGAGUGCUGGAUUGUGAAUUUAAUUCGUAAUGCCAGACUUGAUGCAAAAAUAGACAGUAAGUUAGGACACGUAGUUAUGGGUGGACAGCCAGCAUCACCUUAUCAACAACUUGUUGAAAAAAUCGAAACUUUAAGUGUAAGAAGCGAAGCCUUAGAAAAUUUAAUUGAACGCAAAGUUAAAGCAAAAACUCAAGAUACAAACGCAGUGAACUGGAAUUAUAAUUAAGUGUUGCUGCUUUUUGAAAUUUUGCAAUAUUUAGCCCAGGCUACGUCUUUUUACAUAAUCUGUUUUAAAUUUGUGUACAUUAUCAUUUAUUUAAUCACUCAAAAGUGGUCAACAUAAGUGAUUUCUUCAGUAUAAAAAAUAAUAAAGAGACUUCAAGUGUAUAAAAAUA